UUCCCCACAAGCACAAUUCCUGUCUGGGCACUUUCACUUUAUUGCAAAUGUCAUCCCAACACCCUCGGGAGCCAAUACCUGGCAUCCAAAAAGCACUAUUGCCGUCCUCCCACCGCGGUGGAAAUCCCCCUGGGUACAUGGAAAGAUAACCACACAAAGAGCAGGACCAAAGAACAUAGUGCAAAAUCUUCCUUCCCCAUUUUUUACUUUCACCAUCUGGGACUGAUGUCCCUAAAAUAGCCAAAAUUCCUCUGUUUGUGUGAAACCUCAUUGGCAGGAACUAGGCAUUAGUUUUGCAACACUGAGCUGUCUUGCAAAACAUCUUGUGCUUCCUGGUUCUUGCCUUGAAGUCACCUCCAAAACGCUCUCCCAGAUGUCCUGGUGCUUCUGGCAGAGUGGGGCCUGGAGAAGCCACAAAUAGAACCUCCACCAACUGAGCAAAACCACCUUCUUCCUCACGGGGAGGAAAAUCCAAGCCAUUAACAGAUCAUUAAUCCACAAGAGUAUUUCGAUGACUUACUGCAGCAGCCUGAGAGCUUCCAGCUGAUGCAAUAGAGAAUUUUGACACAAUUUCAGGCCAGUGAUGCAGAGGGAAUGUGCUGUGUAGGGGCCUCUGUAUUGCAAAAUACACAGAUGGAGAAAGGGAGCAAAUCAGCAAGAGGGUGGGGACAACACAGGAGCAAGUUCUGCCGGGGAGUUCCUUCCGCGCGAUAAGUUUUGCUCUGAGAAGGCUGCUGAGUGUGCGGUGGAACAUGGGAUGUGGUGAAUAACCCUGAGCUUUCCUGUAUCAAAAUAGAAAUUUCAUUUCGUUUGCACAAAAAUACGUUUUCCGGUGCUCGUGGAUGGGGAGACAUCUGGAGGAAAGAGCAGCCUAGGCAGAUCCGUGCCUUGGGGACCGAGCAGCCGUGCUGACCAUGGGCGAGCAGAGUCACGUCAACAGCCUGUUCCUCAACGAGGACGCGGCCAAGCGGCUCAACGCCGAGGGCCGGGUCCAGCGCUUGCGGCAGGCGGUGCAGAAACGGGCGGCGCGGGCCAAGAAGCGGAUGAACAGCAUCACUGCCGACAGCGCUAAAAGCUUCUUCAGGAGAAACGCCUUUGUCCUCUUCACCAUUGCUGCAGUCCUACUUGGGAUCAUCCUGGCGUUUUCCCUCCGGCCCUACCAGCUGACCUAUCGCCAGAUCAAAUAUUUCUCCUUCCCCGGCGAGCUGCUGAUGCGUAUGCUCCAGAUGUUGGUUCUUCCCCUCAUUGUCUCCAGCUUGAUUACAGGAAUGGCCUCGCUGGACGGCAGAGCCUCAGGGAAGAUGGGGAUGCGGGCUGUCAUCUACUACAUGGUGACGACAAUCAUAGCAGUCUUCAUCGGCAUCCUCAUGGUGAUCAUCAUCCACCCAGGAAAAGGAUCCAAGGACAAGCUUCACCGAGAAGGCAGAAUUGAGCAGGUGCAGACCACAGAUGCCUUCAUGGACUUGGUGAGGAAUAUGUUCCCGCCCAACCUGGUAGAAGCCUGCUUCAAACAGUACAAGACGCAGUACAGCACCAGGGUCUUCACCAGAACCGUCGCCCACAGCAGCAAUGUCACAGCAGACGUGACAACCACUCAGAUCCCUGUGCCUGAGAACUUCACCAGCCUCCUGGAGAACAUCACUCAUGCCCUGGGGACCGUCUCCGAGGUGCUGACCUUUGAAGAAGUCAUUCCCAUCCCGGGCUCGGCCAAUGGGGUGAACGCGCUGGGGCUGGUAGUGUUCUCCAUGUGCUUCGGUUUGGUGAUCGGCAGCAUGAAGCAGAAGGGACGGGCCCUGCGGGAGUUCUUUAACUGCCUCAACGAAGCCAUCAUGAGGCUGGUGGCCAUUAUCAUCUGGUACGCUCCGGUCGGGAUCAUGUUCUUGAUUGCUGGCAAAAUCCUGGAGAUGGAUGACCUGGCGGUGAUGGGAGGCCAGCUGGGGAUGUACACGCUCACCGUCAUCGUUGGGCUCCUCAUCCAUGCCCUCUGCAUCCUGCCGCUGCUCUACUUCAUCGUCACGCACAGAAACCCCUGGGUGUUCAUCGGGGGGCUUCUGCAGGCCCUCAUCACCGCCCUGGGCACCUCCUCCAGCUCAGCGACGCUGCCCAUCACCUUCAAGUGCCUGGAAGAAAACAACGGUGUGGACAGGCGCAUCACGAGGUUUGUCCUGCCUGUGGGAGCUACCAUCAACAUGGAUGGCACCGCUCUGUACGAGGCCCUUGCAGCCAUCUUCAUUGCACAAGUCAACAACUACGAACUUGACUUCGGGCAGAUCAUCACAAUAAGCAUCACGGCCACAGCCGCCAGCAUAGGGGCCGCGGGGAUUCCCCAGGCAGGACUGGUGACUAUGGUGAUAGUGCUGACAUCGGUGGGGCUCCCUACUGAAGACAUUACGCUGAUCAUCGCUGUGGACUGGUUUCUGGACCGCCUUCGAACGACCACCAACGUGCUGGGGGAUUCCCUGGGCGCUGGCAUCGUGGAGCAUCUCUCCCGGCGCGAGCUGGACGCGCAGGACUGCGAAAUGGACUAAACAGACCCAGUAAACCCUCACAGAUUGUUUGUCCAACUUUUCAAGAAAGCAUUGAAUUCUCAUUCUGAAGAUGCUUCCUGUAUAUUAAAGGCAAACUGAUGGAUGAAUUGGAAGAACAGAUUGUUGGAUUGGACUCCAGCUCAAAUGGGAACUAAUUCUGGGAAGUCCUAUGGCCUGGGUUAUGCAGACAAACGAGCUGACCACAAGGGUCCCUUCUGGCUUUGUAAUAUACGCACGUGCUUUCUGGUUUAGAGAUAUUGCGAAGGGUCCCUCCAGCCCCAUCAUUUUGAAGAGCUACGUGGAAGGGUCCUGAUGAUACUUCAAUGAAGCUCAGCAGGAGUCCAACCCGUUUCCAGCUGCUGUUAGCAGACACGUAACCAUGUCACAGAGGGACUCUCCAUAUCACACCACAUCAACAUGACCUUGGAUGUCCCCACCAAGCAGUACACCCCAAGCCUUGCCGCUCGCGAUUUCCUCCUUUCCACACAAGAUUAACGGAGCACAAACACGUAGAAGCCUCAUUGUCUAAUGCUGCAAACCAGUCUCUCAUGGGGAAUUUCAGAAUUCAGCCGGUAGAUUUUAGCUCUGGUGUUUACUCACCGUGUUAACCUGUUUAUGAUUGGGAUGAUCUAUCUGUUUACAGCACCCGAACAGUAAAGUAUUGGCAGGAAUUUGCAUAUAUAUAUACACACACCUCUAUAUAUAUAUAGAUAUGAAAGGGGCGCAUGUGCACAGACGUAUACACAGAGUUCAUUUUUUUCUUGCUAAUCCAAGAAGCAAAGGCAAUACUAAACUCACUCUGUAGAGCUGCAUACUUUAUUUUGAUGCUCACCUUGAUUUACCCAACUAAUCUCAUCCUUAAAACAACAGAGGCUGUUUUACUUCAAUCCCGGUAAGGAAUCUUCCAAAGCAGCGUUUCCCAGGAAGGAGCUCCACGCACGUUGAUUUUGGGUCGUACCUGCUGGUGACGUAGCGAGAACUUCUCAACAUACAGAGAAGAUUCUCCACUUGGACUUCCCUGAGCGUGUCCCAAGGACCCACGUCCCACUGCAGGUGAUUUGGCAAGGAAACACACUUUAAUAGCUCUUUAAUAGCUUGUACGCCUUCCAAACCCAACACGGACCUUGUGCUAACUCAGCCUUCAGAACUGGCUCACUGAAAGUGUUAAAUAACUUUAUCGACUGUCUUUUUAAUCGCCAGGUGUUUGAGAGUUCAUGCAGUCUUUACUGUAGUCCUGCCGCUUCUACUUGCAGAAACCCUCCGAGUUUCUCCUAUUUGCAAACAGAUUUAUUCCUAAUGAUUAGAUGGGCAAUAUUUGGGAUGAAACAAGGAGCUAUCGCAAUGCAUCCAUACCCGAGACAGAGAUUAGGACACGUCUCUUCAAAAUUAAUUUUAAGUGAGAAAAUCCAUGGAGAAUACGGAUUUUCCGAUGAGAGGCGUGUGUCACGUUACGUAUGUGAUACGCACAUGUUGUUUCAGGAAUCAGAUCUGCCCAUGAGAACUGCCCUGGUAUCACACGUCCCUCUUCUGCUCUGCCCAGGGAAGGAGAUGGAAAACUGGAAAUCAGCGCUGUGCGGUGUGUCCGUAGCAUCCUGGCAGCCUCACUAUCUUAAUUCCCGAGGGCUUUUUCUUCAUGCUGUGAGUUUUAAUGUUAAUAAAGGUAGCUGGCAUAUUUGAAAAAUAAAGGGAAUUUUUUCCACA